AUGUCUCAGUGUGUGAGGUCAACAUUAACUCCUUUAAGAACACCCCUGAGCUUUACUAGGACUGUGUCUGCAAAAAGCCAAGCUUUUGGAUCAGUCUCUUUCCUCAGAACAUUGCCUGAGUUCAAGAGAUACCCAAAACAGUGUUCAGUAGUUAUGUCUUGCCAGGGAAAGGACCAAAACCAGCAACAACAGUUGUCUCUUGACGAUCUAGUCACGAGUAACCGUAAAGGAGAGGUUCUUGGCACGAUUAAAGGCUCUCUUUCUAACUGUCUCUCAGAUACUAAUCUGCUAGAGACUGUUCCUGGUCUCAAAUCUAGAAUCAAGGGCAAGGUGAGAGAUAUAUAUGAUGCUGGUGACUAUCUGGUUCUUAUCACAACUGAUAGGUUGAGUGCGUUUGAUAGAAACCUUGCUUCGAUUCCCUUCAAAGGACAGGUUCUUAACGAGACCAGUUUGUGGUGGUUCAAUAACACACAGCACAUAACUCCAAAUGCUAUCGUUUCAUCUCCUGAUAGAAAUGUUGUUAUUGCAAAGAAAUGCAAGGUUUUCCCAAUAGAAUUUGUGGUCAGAGGAUAUGUGACUGGAAGUACUGACACAUCUUUAUGGACGGUAUACAAAAAAGGUGUUAGGAACUAUUGUGGAAAUGAGCUCUCAGAUGGAUUGGUAAAAAACCAGAAGCUUCCAGCUAAUAUACUUACUCCAACAACUAAGGCUGAGGAUCAUGAUGUGCCCAUCUCUCCAAAUGAGAUAGUUGAAGGUGGAUUCAUGACUCAAGCUGAAUUUGACGAAGCAAGCAUGAAGGCUUUGAGCUUGUUCGAGUUUGGGCAGCGUGUUGCCAAGGAGCAUGGACUCAUCCUGGUGGACACAAAAUAUGAGUUUGGAAAAAGUAGUGACGGCUCCAUCUUAUUGAUUGAUGAGAUCCAUACGCCGGAUUCAAGCAGAUACUGGCUUGCGGGUUCUUAUGAAGAACGCUUCAAGAAAGGUCUUGAGCCUGAAAAUGUUGAUAAGGAGUUCCUAAGGUUGUGGUUUAAAGAGAAUUGCAAUCCAUAUGAAGACGAGGUCCUCCCCGCUGCUCCAGCAGAACUCGUGACUGAAUUAGCUUGGCGGUACAUUUUCUUGUAUGAGACCAUCACUGGAUCAAGAAUUGACAUUGUUCCAACACAGAGCAUGAAGCCAAAGAAGGCAGACACUAUUAACUCUAUUUCGAUUGUUGUAACAAACUGA